AUCUAUAUUUAUAUUUCAUUUGUGAAGCUUUACUAUAUUAUUAUAAGUGUGUUUUAAAUACAAAAAAUGUCACUUGUAACAUUAUUUAAGUUUAACAGAAAUUUAUUUGUUAAUCUUAAAUUCUCAAAAUGCAAUAUUCACAGUAUGUUGCAAAUAUAUAAAGACAAUUCUGAAACUAAUAUAGGAAGAAAUAUAAAAGUACAGAUAGGGUUGGAUUCAUGCAGUGAGAAAGAUGAAAAAUAAUAUUUUUAUUGAUAUUACGGAUGGAUCAACUCCUAAAAUGUUACAAAUUGUUAUACCAAAAUCCAAUAAACCAGAUAACUUAAGUUUUGGAAGUAGUAUUAUAGCAGAAGGAAAAUUAGUCUUAAGUCCAAAUGGUAGAAUUGAAUUACAUACAAAUAAUGUUACUAUAAUUGGUACAUGUGAUGUUAUGGAUGGGUAUCCUUUUGCUCCAAGAAAGCAUUAUGAUAUGGAUUAUAUUAGACAAUUUUUGCAUUUAAGAUCAAGAACUAGAAGAUUUUCUUCUUUAUUAAGAUUACGUGAUAUGACAACUGCAAGUAUUGAAAAUUAUUUAAGAAGCAAAAAUUUUAUUAAUGUACAUACACCAAUUUUAACUUCAAAUGACUGUGAAGGUGCUGGUGAAUUAUUUUUAGUAAAACCACAUUGUGAAAAUUUAUUAAAAUCAAUGAAAAAAGAAAAUAUGUCGGAAGAAGAAUCAUAUUUUAAUACUAAGGCAUUUUUAACAGUUUCUGGUCAAUUACAUUUAGAAACAAUAGCAAGAUCAUUGACAAAAGUAUAUACUUUUGGACCAUCAUUCAGAGCUGAAAAUUCUAAAUCAAGAUUACAUUUAACUGAAUUUUAUAUGUUAGAAGCUGAAUUAGCAUUUAUUAAUAAUAUUGAUGAUAUAAUGAUUGAAAUUGAAUCAUUGAUAAAAUAUGUUAUUAAAGAUGUAUUUGAAAAAGGUGCUGCAGAUAUACAUGUAAUAGGUGGUUGUGAAGUGGCUUGGUUAAAUAAAAAAUUUAUAUGUAUAACAUAUGAUGAAGCAAUUAAUAUUCUAGAAAAUAAUGCAAAUUCCUUAUCAACUCCUAUUAAAUUUGGAACAAAUUUAUCUAAAGAACAUGAAUUAUUUUUAGUGAAAUAUAAUGAUAAUAUUCCAAUAUUUAUUAUAAAUUGGCCAAAAGAAAGCAAACCUUUUUAUAUGAAAGAAUGUAAAGAUGAUGCUUCAAAAGUUGCUGCAAUAGAUCUUUUAGUACCUACUGUAGGCGAAUUAGUAGGAGGCAGUUUACGUGAAGAUAAUUAUGAAAAAUUGAAAUUAAAGUUACCUCCAGCAUCUGAUCUUUCUUGGUAUUUAGAACUCAGAAAAUAUGGCAAUGUUCCAACUGGAGGAUUUGGAAUGGGAUUUGAAAGAUUUUUACAACAUAUCUUUAAUAUACCAAAUAUUAAGGAUACUCUUCCUUUUCCAAGAUGGCCUCAUAAUUGCAAUUUAUAAAUAGAAUUUUAAAACUAUUUUACUUAUCAUUUAUUUAUCAUUAUUAUUACAUA